UGCAGUUCUUGCUCAGAUCAUCAGCAGGCCAAGUAAUUAUUUCAGCCAAUUCAGACUUUCUAAACCAGGGCCCACCGGUGUUCCUGGAAGCUAAGCUGAGCUAAGCUAAGCUGAAUCAGUUGAAAUAUUCACAGUCGUUAGUAGACCAGCGGCAAGGGAUCGUUGCGUUGAGCUAGUGCCUGCAAGUAGCAGUUUCCACAGUCCAAUGUGCUAAGGGUAGCAGAGCCAGCUAGCAAGAUUCGACAAGCAAUCCAUUCCGAGUGCACUUCUGAUAGAUAUAUUCGGUCAGAGCAUAGUUGCGAGUUAUCUGCUGAGCGACGCACUAAGCUGACAGUGUCUAGUAACUGAUCAUUGACUUUGGCGAUAUAGCCUAGCCUAAUAGCCAUCAUGUCUCAAUCCGGAGCAGCCCUUCAAGAAUACAACAAUGAACUUGUGAAAUUAUGAAUUUCCUUGCCUGGCCUGUUCAUACAGGUAUUGAGGACCUUUGCACCAAGCGUGAUGAGUUGCAUCGACAAAUCUUGAUAGAAGAGGAAGAGAAAGCAAAGAUUCAACAUGACAUUCGCAUCCUGACAGAACGUUUGGCAAAGGUGAAUGAAAGCCUGGCAAAGAAGAUGGCAGCAAGGAAUGACUACGAUCGCACUGUGAGCGAGACGGAAACAGCAUACAUGAAGAUAUUGGAGAGUUCACAGAGCUUGCUUAAAGUUCUCAAGAAAGAAACAAGUGGAUUGAAGCAGAAGACAUGAUUGCAAAUAUCAGCACUGUAAGAAGCUGAGUGCUUAGGACUAGUGACUGAAAAGGAAAUGACCUUAUAGCACACCAGGCUUUUCUUAGAUACUGUGACUUUCGAAGGAGACAAGAAGGAAACUAUUUUGAUCGUAAAGGACACACCAACAGCAAGAACCCUGGCACUAUUCAAUCAAUUUCACACAUUCAGGAACGCCUUUCUGUGACAAUGUCAUGGAUCUUGUUGAUGCGCCUUUUGCCUUUUCUACAAACGGAUAUUUUUUCAUUCCAGCAUGAUCUGCUAGAAUGACUUUGAACACGUUCCUGCAACUGUGUCUAUUCUUCCACUUGUAAUUGUGUCUAUUAUAGAGAAAAUUUCAAACACUUGAGUUGAAUUGACUCAUCACAAUAUACCGGAAUGAGUAAAUUGGCUUCGGUCUACUGUGUUUCCGUCUUACGUGGCUGGUUCUAUUCACGGCUUGAUCCUUACUUGCUCAUUGCUUACAACAUCUACAUUUCACUGUGUACAGUUGUGAAGAUGUGCUGGGUUACGAUGGGCCAACGCUAGUGCACUUCCAAUUUACAUGUCCAGGCUACUUUAGAGCGGAUGAUCACUGGACAUUGUCAUACGUUGUAGAGCCUCUUUGUUGUCUAUUCAGCCAACCAGUAUGGAAUGUAGUAGCUGUUGUACUUUCUGACUGUAUAUAGUAUCUAGUUACAGUGGUGGAUAGUUACUCUUAACUCGUAUCCAUAAUUAUGUUCCGUUCCUUUCUCUAUUAAAUUAUUGGCUCGACAACCGAGUUUUAUA